GCGGAUAAGAUGCAUUUCAGAUUUUUCGCCUUGGCGAUCAUGUGCUUAUUGAAUUAUGCACUGUCUGAACUAUCGAUUUUACAAUCUUGUACGCAUAAUGAUGUGAUGGUAAAAUGUUUACCAGUUUGUCCCAAAAUUUGCUCAAAUUAUCUGCAGAUUCGCAGGUGCAGCCCAAAAAAAUGCCGACGAGGAUGUGCCUGUAAAAAGGGUUGGCUGCGAAAUAAAAACGACAUGGGAAUGUGUAUUCCGCGAAAUGAGUGCAAGCGAUAUAUCGUAGAGUAAAAGUUAAAAAAACCUGAA